CAUGCCUGGCUUUACCUUUACGCAUUGACUGACCCCAGUCCAGCCCUGCCUGUCAAACUUCCCCGACACUGAGACUUCACGUCGUUCGGUUUCCCGACAGCCCUCAGCGAUGGAGCGGAAAGUUGCUCGAGAAUUUAGACACAAGGUGGAGUUACUGAUUGAGAAUGAAGCAGAGAAGGAUUACCUGUACGAUGUCCUCCGGAUGUAUCAUCAGUCGAUGGAUCUGCAGGUGCUGGUUGGGGAUCUGAAACUGGUCAUCAAUGAACCAAAGCGCCUGCCACUGUUUGACGCAAUCCGACCUCUCAUUCCCCUGAAACACCAGGUGGAAUAUGACAUGCUCACCCCCAAGAGAUCACGGAAGCUGAAGGAGGUGCGUUUGGAUCGGACGCAUCGCGACGGUCUGGGUCUGAGUGUUCGAGGGGGGCUGGAGUUUGGCUGUGGUCUCUACAUAUCACAGAUCGUCAAAGAUGGUCAGGCUGGGAACGUCGGCCUUCAGGUCGGUGAUGAGAUAGUGCGUAUCAACGGAUACUCCAUCUCCUCCUGCAUCCAUGAGGAGGUCAUCAGUCUCAUCAAGACCAAGAAGAUUGUGUCACUCAAAGUCAGACAUGUGGGGAUGAUCCCAGUGAAAGGCUCAACAGGUGAGCCCCUCAAGUGGCAGUUUGUCGACCAGUUUGUGUCAGAGUCCGGGGAGAAGAAAAACAGUGUUGCUGGCCUGGCGUCCAUUGGAGGCAAAGAAAUAAAGGAGAAGAAGGUUUUCCUCAGCCUAGUUGGGACAAAAGGAAUGGGUAUCAGCAUCUCCAGCGGUCCAACAAAGAAACCUGGUAUCUACAUCAGUAACGUCAAGCCAGGCUCCCUCUCUGCAGAAGUUGGACUGGAGGUUGGGGACCAGAUUGUGGAGGUGAACGGGUCGGAUUUCACUAACGCAGACCACAAAGAGGCUGUUAAAGUCUUGAAGAGCAGCAGGAGUCUGACUAUUACUGUCCUAACAGGAGCUGGCAGCGAGCUGUUUAUGACGGAUGAGGAGCGUCUGGCAGUAGAGGCUCGCAGGGAGCUGGACCGACAGGAGCUGAUGCAUCAGAAGAGGGUCGCUCUGGAGACCAACAAAAUCCUGAAAGAGCAGCAGGAGAAGGAGCGCCAGAGACGGAUGGAGAUCUCUCAGAAAACUGCAGAGGAGGAUGAGCGUUAUAAACAGGAGAUGGAGAAGAUUGAGGCUGUAGAGAAGAAGCAGGACAGAGAAUGGGAGGAGGACUGGGGAGCCAAAGACAGGCCCAAGAGCCCGAAGAGUCCCCGCACCCCAAAGAGCCCAUCACCUGGCCCACAGGACAAGAAAACAAGUCAGAAGGCAAAAAGUUCACCAUUUGGCUGGUUUUACCGAUAUGAGGGGAAACUGCCAUCAAUUCGCAAGAAAGGAGAGAAGAAGAAGAAAAAGAAGAAAGUGUCCAACACAGACACACUGCAGGAGCUGAGGAAAAACAAGAAGGAGAUGGAGUUUGAGCUGAAACUCGCCAAGGAGAAAGAGGAGAUGUAUGAACGAGAGAAGCAGCUGAAGAUCAAUCGACUGGUGCAGGAGGUGUCAGAGACAGAGAGAGAAGACCUGGAGGAGUCAGAGAAGGUGCAACACUGGGUGGAGCGACUUUGUCAGACUCGGUUGGAGCAGAUCUCCUGUGUGGAGACUGAAUCCCCAGAGCUCUCCCCACCGCGCUCUCCUGCCUCUGAGCCCAGGGUGAAGCGCUUCCCUGGCGGCCUCCACCUGGCCACCACUGAUCUGGAUGACAUAAACCUGGAUGAAGUGGAUCAGAGCCUGAGGGCACCUCUGAAAAAACUGGCCCCCACCCAGCCCAGCACCAGCCAACCACCUCCUCCUUUACCUCUCCCUCCACCCUCAUCCAAACUACACCCCACCAUACCAAACUACUCCCCUCCUUCCUCUCGAGCAGCCCCACAGCGGCGCCCUCCUUCUCCACCUGCUGCUAGAAAAUCUCCUUCUGCCACCUCCACCUUGACCAAUAAGGGGCGCAGGCCUCACAAACAGCCCCACCCUCAGCCUCACACUGUCCAACCAUCACGCCCACCUUCCUCCCAUCAUCCUCCUCCGUCUCAGUCAAGAAUGCCUCCAUCCUCCCCUCAGCCUGCUCCUCGGCCUACUCCCCCGCCACCCCCUCCUCCUCCACCUCCUCCGCCUCCCCCUCCACCACCACCCCCACAACACUCAGAGGAACGCGUUGGAACCCUGAGUGGGUACCGCCAGCAUCAUCACCACCACCUCCAGCACCCUCCAAGUCCUCCAGAGCGCAGGAGCGAGUGGGAGGCAGGCGGCUACCUCCCGAGAGGAGGACUUUACUCGUCAAACACGAGUGAAAUGUCCUAUCCAUCCAGCCCAAAGGUAAUGAGAAAUACCUCCCAUGCCAGCCGAAUUUCCAAUUCAAGCAUGCCCUUGCAACUAGCUCCAAGUCCCCCCAACCAGAGGCGUCAGACAGCCCCCGUCAUGUCCAAACCUGUCAUGCUUCCCCAGUCACAGACCCAUCGUCCGGACCCACACAGAUCUGCACACCGCUCUGACGGCCUGCCUCAAGAAAUGCUGAAACGGAUGGUGCCUUUCAACUCGUCUUUUAAAUCAAACACCAAACGACAAGGAUUUCAGAAAUACGAGGAAGAGUUUGAUCCUUACUCCAUGUUCUCUGCAGACCAGAUAGAUGGGCGAGAUGUGAGACUGCUGAGAAUUAAAAAGGUUGGACAUCUGGAUGUUGCUCUGGAAGGAGGUGCAGACUCUCCUUUGGGAAAGUUGGUGGUGUCUUCUGUGUAUGAAGGUGGCGCUGCAGAUAAGCAUGGUGGCAUCGUACCCGGGGAUGAACUUAUGGGCGUGAAUGGGAAGAUCCUGAUCGAUGCUACGCUGACUGAGGGACAAAACUAUCUGGCUCGAGCCUGGAAUAGUGGAGGGGACUGGAUCGAUGUUGUGAUCGCUGUUUCCCCUCCGAAAGAAUAUGAAGAUGAAGUAACUUUCUUCUAGACUCAUCAACAGCCUGCCAAGAAAACCAGACUGAUAAAGGAGUGUUUUAUUGGUGAUUCACAUUUUCUCCAGCACAAUAAAAUAAUUCAGUUUCCCUGUCAAUUUUACUUCCGAUAAACAAAAGAUCAGAUGAUGUCAUUUUGUUUUUACUAUUUCUUAUUUUUUCCUAUAAUAAAUACUUGAUGUUGAUUCCAUUCAAACGACAA